GUCAGUUGUCCCGUGAUCCAAGAUCUGCGCCAUCUUGGUUUAGUCGGUGUGUCUUUUUUCUCGCGCUCGGUGGUCGGAUCGUUGGACUGUGCAAAGAAAAAUUUUUUCCACUUCUCCCCUCCCGGAGUAGGGAUCUCCCCGUGCGGCUGUGACGACCCCCAGUCAUCCCGUUCUUCAUCGGUGUGACGCCCCAACUCCCGAGGCCCGGCACCAGCUUCGGCAGCGUCUAGCUUCACAAUGUCGUCCAGAAAGAAGGUGCUACUUAAGGUCAUCAUCCUUGGGGAAAGUGGGGUAGGCAAGACUUCACUGAUGAACCAGUAUGUGAACAAGAAAUUCAGCAAUCAGUACAAGGCCACCAUCGGUGCCGACUUUCUCACCAAAGAAGUCAUGGUCGAUGACAGGCUGGUCACCAUGCAGAUCUGGGACACGGCUGGCCAGGAACGAUUCCAAUCGCUGGGCGUGGCCUUCUACCGGGGUGCCGACUGUUGCGUGCUGGUGUUUGACGUCACCGUGCCGGGCAGCUUCAAGGCCCUCGAGUCGUGGCGCGACGAGUUCCUCAUACAGGCCUCGCCUCGAGACCCCGAGAACUUCCCCUUUGUCGUCAUUGGCAACAAGGUCGACCUGGACAACCGGGGGGUGUCCACCAAGCGGGCCCAGGGCUGGUGCCAGUCAAAGAACGGCAUCCCGUACUUUGAGACGAGUGCCAAGGAGGCCCUGAACGUGGAGCAGGCGUUCCAGACGGUGGCCAAGAACGCACUCGCCCAGGAGACGGACGUGGAGCUCUACAACGAGUUCCCCGACCAGAUCAAGCUGACGAACGAGCAGAAGCCGCGCAGCCAGGGCUGCUGCUAAUCCCACCUCCCCUUCUUCCAACAGACAGGCAACGUGCACGACCAACAACCCAGUGCUUGCACAUACUCCCAAUGCACUCCCAGCCGUCGUCCGCGAGCCUCAACACGAGCAGACGCCUCGGUGGCAGCAGAAGACGGGACUCGGAUCGUCUGCUCGUUUGAGCGAGCAGACGGCGACCGUGUGAAGUUUGUGUGUGCGCGCGCGUGCUUCAGCGGGCCAAGGGGCAUGCAGCUCGGCACUACAUUUCUUCGCUUUUUGCCGGCCUCUUUGUCUCAAAAAGCUUUGUUUCUGGACACAAGAGUGUGCGAGGCAGGGUGCGGGAAGUCUCAAGAGUCGUUGCCCGCCCUGCCGAGGCAGGUGGAGCCUGUUGCGAGCACGUGGGGUGGAGAUGUCGUUGGCGUCCUCUUGUGGGUGAUCAACGUUGCUGCUGCACAUUCGUGUUGUCGGUUUCUUCCCACGGCAGCGGGGCGAGGUGGUGUUGCGAUCCGUGGAAUCGUUCUGGAUGCAGAUACAGUUGAGCGUGGCUCGUCAAUGCGCCUAGGCUGGCAAUCCAUUGUUGGAGACUGUUUUGUGACAGUCCAGAUUUGAAUGCACGAUUUGUUGUAAAUUUUGAUGUAAUGCGCUCCAACACGGUAGAACUGUGCCGAUCGAAGUCGAACCUAACAGGCUGGCAUGUUCUUUGAACACGAGUUUAUCUUACCCAUCGGGAAUGGGGAGGGGGGCUUGCAUACCUGCACUGUGCACUUGAAGCUUUUGUUCUGGCACAGGUUGAAGCAUGCUGAAGUUAUCGUAUGCCAUCUGCAGGCAUUGUAAUAUAGAUGAUGCCCUGAUUUUAUGAGGCUGAGGCCGUGGAUAGCAGGCGAAGGUAUUGGCUCUCUUCAACUAUCUUAUGUGCUUAUAGCGAACGGCAAUUUGUAUUUUCUCAUUCUUGCCUAGCCUAUUGCUACUGUUUAUUUCUGCUCUAAUGCCCUCAGCUUUAAUACUGCAUAUGGUUUUUGGUAGAUCUCUUAGUACCUCCAGUAGUAGUUCGAAAGAGCGGUGGUAACUGAUAAAUAUCAACUACUGUAGCAUUCCUCGCCCAUUGGUAUCCCAGGUGGCCUUAAUAGAUCUGUCUUGAUGCCACGCUUUCGCAAUUCAAAUUCGGCAGUGCACUAUUGUGCCUCUUGUGUGAUCGGAAAGUAGGCCUUUUCUUUGGGUGACAGUGCAAAGUUUUCCAAGGUGCACCUAGUAACAAAAAAAAAAAGCAUGCUUUACUUCCAACUUCAUUGGUACAGCCGCGAAGUUACAUUUCGAGAAUACGGUUUAUUUUUUUGCUCCCCUCAACUGUUCUGUACAUACAAUUCUCCAGCUUUGGUUAGCUGACAUGGAACCACGUGGUAGGCAGUUCGUCUCUCGUAGUUCAAGCUUUGAUUUGGCAGUGGCAUCACAUAUUUCGACGAGGCAAAUGAUGUUUCCUAGGUCGUGGCGGUUACGCCUUUACCUCCGCUACAGUGCGGCUGGUGCUGCAGGUAACCUUGUCCAAAGGCCGUAGCAAAAUUGCGUUCCUUCCCUGGGGUCGCGUAGCGCCAAGUUGGGAACAGCUUUAUACGGGGGUGUAUCUGUGCAGGGUGUGCUUUCUUUUAGAUGGAGUGAGAGCUGCACUAUUUUUUUAGGGAGAUGACUGAUGUCUGUGCUGGUGGUUACUAAUUUUAAGCCUCUGGUUUAUAUAUACUGUUGAUGCCUCUUUUUUUUCCUUUUUUGUUGAGUUUAUUUUUUACUCGUGUUACAACACUCUGCCACGAGCGACUCUUUUCAUCCCUUCUUUUAUGUUCCAGCUGCCAGCCCCUCGUCAUAGCAUGUUACAAAAGAUUCUUUGCUGUUUGAGAGAGAAUGUGUAGGCCUUUUUUUUAUGAAUAAAUCUGCAGUAUGUACACUGUACUCGGUUAUGCA